UGGUGCGAAGGAGCCAUGGCUGCUGCUGGGGAUCCCGUCCAGAGUCUCAGUGAUGAAGCCACUUGUUCCAUCUGCCUGGAGUAUUUCAAGGAUCCAGUGACCAUCCCAGAAUGUGGGCACAAUUUCUGCCGGUCCUGCCUGAUCCAGUGCUGGGGGGAAUCCAAGGCAGAGGUUUCCUGCCCUCAGUGCAGACAAAGAGUCCCGAGAAGGAGCCUCAUCCCCAAUCGGCAACUGGCAAACUUCAUAGAAUUAAUCAAGGAUCUCAGAGAUCAAAGAGAGAAAGAAGAAGAAAGAAAAGGAAGAGUCUGCAAGGAGCACCAGGAGCCCCUGAAACUCUUUUGCAAGAAAGAUGAAGCUACAAUUUGCAUGGUGUGUGACAAAUCAAAGGAGCACAAACACCACGAGGUGAUUCCUCUGAAGGAGGCUUUUGAGGAAUACAAGGGAGAGAUCUGUAGCUGCCUGAAGAUUCUGAGGAGAGAGAGAGAAGAAAUAAUGGCCUAUCAAGCAGACCUGGAAAAGGAAUGCAAAGACCUCCUUAAAUUAACAGAAACUGAAAGGCAGAAAACAGCAGAGACGUUCCGACAAUUGCGCCAGUUUCUGGAAGGAAAAGAAAAACAUAUGCUGAAUGAGAUAGAAGAGACAGAGAAGGAGAUUGCAAGAAGAAGGGAUGAGCACUUGGCCACACUCUCCAGAAAUCUCUCCUCUCUUGAAAGUAUCAUCCAGGAAAUGGAGGAGAAGCGCCAGAAGCCAGAGAGUGAACUCCUGCAUGAUGUGAGAAGCACCUUGCAGAGGUAUGAAAAAAGAGAGAGGUUGGAGAAGACACUGGAUUUCCCUCCAGAGCUGAAGAAGAGGGUCUUGGAAUUCUGUAAUAUAAGCCCUCUCUUGGAACGUGUUAGGAAGCAAUUCAAAGCAAAUGUCACUCUGGAUCCAGACACAGCCCAUCCCUUCCUCAUCCUGUCCGAGGAUCGGAAAAGCGUGAGAUGUGGAGACAAAGAGCAAGACCUGCCCGACAACCCUGAAAGAUUCAAUGAGCAGCUUUGUGUGUUGGGACGUGAGAGAUUCACAGCAGGCAGACAUUUCUGGGAAGUCACUGUGGGAAGUGGGGAAUGGUGGGCUGUGGGGGUUGCCAGAAAGUCUGUGAAGAGAAAGGGCCUCUUCUCCUUAGGUCCUAACUUCAGUCCUGAGGGGGGGAUCUGGGCUGUGGGGAAGUGGGGAGAUGAGUACUGGGCCCGCACCUCCCCUGAUUACUCUCUUCUGCCCCUGAGGGAGAAGCCCAGGAGAAUCCGGGUGACUCUGGACUGUGAAGGGGAAUGUGUGUCUUUUUCUGACGCUGACUCAGAAGCUGAACUCUACACAUUCUCAGGAGCCUCGUUCUCUGGAGAGACCCUCCUCCCUUUCUUUUAUCUGGAUGACAUUAAAACCCACCUCAGUAUCUCCUUCUUGUCCGAAUACACCCUGGGGGCCCCCAGCAACCCCCGAUAUGAGACAAACCUCUCCGGGCAUCCUCCAGUGUUGCGCUUCCCCAGGAUGGCCAUCAAUCUUCAUCCCGGUGCUCCCAGUGACACAGGUCGGCUGAUCCUGUGCACUCUGUUAAUCAGCAGAGAUAGCAGUAACGAUUGGAAGCAUGAACAGGCCCGUCAGCACCGGAAAAAAGAAGAAGAAGAAGCCACGUGGGCAUUGAGUUCCGGAGUCCUUUUCAGGAAGGGGAAAACCCAGUGGCUGAAAACGGAAGAGGUGGAUUUUUUUUGGCGCGAGGGAGCCAUGGCUGCUGCAGGGAGUCCCGUGCAAGAUCUCUGCGAUGAAGCCACUUGCUCCAUCUGCCUGGAGUAUUUCAAGGAUCCAGUGACCACCGCAGAGUGUGGGCACAACUUCUGCCGGUCUUGCUUGGUCCAGUGUUGUGGGGCGAGAGGAAGGCAGGCCUCCUGCCCUCAGUGCAGAGAAACCGUCCAGAAAAGGAAUCUCAUCCCAAACAGGCAACUGGCUCACCUUGUGGAAUUGAUCAAGGAGCUCAGUCUCCAAAGGGAGGAGGAGGAGGGGGGACGAAAGGGGAGAGUCUGCGAGAAGCACCAGGAGCCCCUGAACCUCUUCUGUGAGGACCACGAAAGUCCUAUCUGUGUAGUGUGUGAGAAAUCCAAGAUGCAUGAAAAUCACAAGGUGAUUCCUCUGGAGGAGGCUUUCGAGGAAUACAAGGGACUGAUUCGCAGCCUCCUGGAGAUUCUGAUGAAAGAGAAAGAGAAAAUUCUGGCCUAUCAAGCAGACCUGGACAAGGAAAGCCAAGACCUUCUUAAAUUAACAGAAACUGGGAGGCAGAAGACAGUGGAGAAGUUCAGACAACUGCAACAGUUUCUCGAAGAACAAGAAAAACACCAUCUGGGUCAUAUAGAAGAGGUGGAGAAGGAGAUUGCAAGGAAAAGGAAUGAGCAGCUGGCCAGACUCUCCAGGGAACGUGUCUUUCUUGAAAAGGUGGUCCAGGAAAUGGAAGAGAAGCGUCUGCAGCCAGCAAACGAACUCCUGCAGGAUGUGAGAAGCACCUUGCAGAGGUAUGAGAAAAGAGAGACAUUGGUGAAUCCACUGUCUUUCCCUCCAGAGCUGAAGGGGAGAAUCUCAGAAUUCUGUGAUAUAAACCCUCUCCUGGAGGAUGUCAUGAAGCAAUUCAAAGAUGCUUUGUUACUCAGAGAACAGCUUCAGAAAGAGGUUCUGUCAUUCGGAAAACCUCAGAAAGAAGGACGGCAGAGAGCGGCAAUGGAAGUUCAAGACCUAGCGGGGGCUGGAGCAGUGGGAGCUGGAGCAGCAGAGCCAAGAGACCCCCUGAAUGAACUCCCGCAAUCCAGCUGGCAGCUGAAAUCACAAUUAGAUACAUUAGCAGGAGCCCUGGGAGAACAUAGAUUGCACCUAGAGGGAGAGAGGACUUUCAGGGCAAGUAAGAUGUAUGUGUUUAACCCACCACGAUACUCCGGAGAGCCUGAGGAAUAUCCAGCUUUUAAAACGGAAGCGCUUUAUUUUCUAGACUUAAAUUCGGGAGAAUUUGAGACUGAUCAGAAGAGAGUCGCUUAUCUAAUCAGUUUGCUGGAAGGGGACGCUAAAUUAUGGGCUAUUCAUACUCUUAUGGCAAGAGAGCACAGCGCACUCUCAAACCUGGGGGAGUUUUUGGAAAUGAUGGAUAGCAUGUUCCAAAAUCCCCUGCUGAAUGAUAUGGCCGCGGAGCAGCUGCUGAACCUACGUCAGGGCAGUGAUUCAGUCUCUACUUAUUGGACUUCGUUCAGCUCGUUGGUGCAGAGGCUUGGGUGGCAAGCAAACAGUCCGCCUUUGGCCGCUUUGUACCGAAAGGGGUUGAAUGAAUCUGUCUUGGAUGAAUUGUCGAGAAUGGCGCCCCUUGAAUCUUUGGAUGAUUUAGUACGAGCUUCUCUGCAAAUUGGCCUGAGACAGCAGCUGAGGAUGUUGGAGAAGAGGUGGCAAGGACAGCCAAUGUUUGUAAGAAGCCACAUUCCUAGGAUGCCAGAACAGAGAGCUGGCAGUACACCCACACUGGAAGGUUCUCCUGAACCGAUGCAGCUGGGCUCAGCAGGGAGGGUGACUCCUGAAGCUGCAUGGAUGGAGGGAGGCAGAUGCCGCAGAGAGACUCGCCGUUGCUUUGCAUGUGGCAAAGCAGGACAUUUGGCACGACAGUGCCCAAGCAAAAAGGCAGGGGGUUCUCACAGGAGAUUACCAGUUCAUGUCCCCGCACUAUCAAAUGUCACUCUGGACCCAGACACAGCCUAUCGCAGGCUCAUCGUGUCUGAGGAUCGGAAAAGUGUGAGAUUGGGAGAUAAAAGGCAAUCCCUGCCCGACAAUCCUGAGAGGUUCAACAAUUGUACUUCUGUGUUGGGACGUGAGGGAUUCACAGCAGGCAGACAUUUCUGGGAGGUCACUGUGGGAAGCGAGGGAUGGUGGACUGUGGGGGUCGCCAGGAAGUCUGUGAAGAGAAAGAGCUAUCUUCCCUUCAGUCCUAAGGGAGGAAUCUGGGCUGUGGAGAAGUCUGGAGGCAAGUACUGGCCCUGCACCUCCCCUGAUGACCCUCCUCUGUCCCUGAGUGGGGAACUCGAGAGGAUCCGGGUGACUCUGGACUAUGAAGGGGGAUGUGUGUCUUUUUUUGACGCUGACUCAGGAGCCAAACUCUACACGUUCUCAGGAGCCUCAUUCUCUGGAGAGACCCUCCUACCUUUCUUUUGUCUGGAUGGUGGUAAAACUCAGCUCAGUAUCUCCUGAAGACACUUUAUUUCCCUAACAGGCCCAGCAGGAGUUUCUCUCCUGACCAGAAUGACUGAUAUAAAACCAGCAUUUCCCUCUCAAGAGCAUUUUCGGCAGCUUUUCCGGGAUCCUUUAAGAUAAAUUAUUCUAGUCACAAUCGGCACAAGCAACAAAACAAACAAAAAUUGGUUCUUUUUCCUUCCCUUUCCCUGAAUUUGCAGCUGAGUUUUUAAAGAAAAAGAAACACCUGAACAUUCCCAAUAAAUAAUUUUUCCUCAAAAGCCUCCAUCACUUGAUUGCUGUUAUCUAUCUUUAUUAAGCAUUAGCAAUAAAUAAAGAAGUAAAUGAAAGGAAACAAAUAUUCAUUGACUGGGAAUUGAAACCCGACUGUGUCAGCGAGUGCACCAAAUUUUGGAGAGCUGCGGGUGGGAUGUGGAUUUUGAUUGGCCUUAUUUCUCUGUGGUAAACAACUAAGAAGAAGAUUAAAAUUUAAAAAGAAGAAAUCUGUUAUUCAGAAAUGAUCUGGGCUUCUGGGUGAAAAUGAGGUGGCCAAAUUCACUGAGGACUUUAAAUGGUCCAAGGUGGUAGGAACUAAAAGGGAUUGAUUGUAAGGAUAUUUCCAAACUGAAUGGACAUAAAAAUAUGCAAAUGAUAGAGAGAAAAAGAAAAGAAAUAUCAACAGCUGGCAUUAACAAUUACCGGAAUAGCACUCCAUUGAUCCUCACUUAGACGUAUAAAUCAAUACAGACAACAUGUCCAAAUAGGUAACUAAACAACACCGAUGAUUACCAGCUGUCCGUUCAAAGGCAGGAAGGGCAGGGAGGAGCAGCUGGUGAGUGUUUCUUUUCCCAACCAGGAGGACAUGCAGAGUCCACUUCCAUCGUCCACCUGUUAGUGCCCACAGCACAGGGAAACAGCGAGAGAGUGCAUGCACACCCCCAAAUUGG